CAGAGUAAAUUACCAAAAAGCAAAGGGAGGAACGGAGCACAAAGUUAACAGCGAGAAGGGUACAAUUUUUUAGGAUUUACACUGUUUUACUUCAAGGUGAUCUCAACAGAGAUGAAAACGAUUCUGACAUGGUGUUUCUGAAAAAAAUCACUCCACCUGUUCAGACAGACACGCCUUCAGACCUAACCUGUGUAACUGUAACACAAUACUAUCAACCGUCACACCUGACGUUGGACCUUAGUACUCGCAAGCUAGAAAGGACUAUGAACUGUGGAGUAUCUCUUAUUGGGUCUGAAUUUCCAGCCAAUGAUAUAAACACGUGUUAUUGAAAAGAUUUGAAUCUAGCUUUUCUUUUAGAAAAGUGUUCCAUGAUGUGCCAUCCGUAAAGAGCCCUUACAUUGACCUUCAAGAAGGAACCCAUAUUUUUUUGCGCUGGACCAAAUUCAGUGGGAUGUCCCUAAGGACAACAUUACAAGGUAAGCCUCCUUCAGGGAGGUGGCCAAGGAGAUCAUCAAAGCGGAAAGUUCUGUCCGUCAAUAUGAUCAGUCUUCCACUGGCAGAUUUCCGACAUCUCACCCACGUUGACUCGGAUGCAAACGGGGACAGCUUUGGAGACCUCUCUUUCCUGAAGCAGGGCCACAGGUUGUUGCUGCAAAGCUCUCAGAGUGAGCAGAACCUGCUCCAGGCCUGUAUGCCUCCUCCAAAGCCUCCUCGCCUCAACCUGAAUGAACCAGAGCUGUGCCAGCACAGUGCCGACUGGGAGUUCCAAAACCAGCCUUUAGCUGAAAGACGCAAAAAAUGUAACUCGCUUCCACUUCUGGACAUUGACGACGGGGAGGAAGAAGCUUAUGAACUGCAUCAAAAAGAGGAAUCGAUCAGUAAAAGCCCUGGCAGGGGGAGCCUCAGCUCAGGUAGGGAUUCAACACAGACUGCUCCUGAGGAAUUCCAGCCAGAAGAAAGUGACACAACUUUCACUUUUACUGUAGACUUGGGGCCCUCUAUAUUGGAUGAUGUACUGCAGGUUAUGGACAAACUCAACCAGUAAAGGAAAAAUUGUGCCAUGUGAUGUUAUAUAUUAAUGGAAAACCAAUGUAUGGACUUCCUGACCUUACUGGAAGAAUACCAGAUACUGAGUGGUGAGGACAUCUCCAAUUUGGACAAUAAUAAACGACGCUUGUUAAUGACUUUGUGGUUCAAAUAGAAUUUGAGCACUGACAGGAUAAUCGAGAUUAUUAACAAACAAAGUAUGUUAAAUAUAUUAAACACAGGACUGAUAAAUUGGCACUGAAAUGUAAAAAUCUUGUGAAAAUACACUGAUAUUUAAAGGUUUUAAAACCUUUUAAAACAACUUUUUUUUUCAGAAGACUGACAUGAUAUCUCAAAUACACAUGUUCCAUCAAGCAACUUAGCACUUAUAUAUUUUAAUUAUCAUCAUAUAUAAUUAUUAUAUUAUAAUUCAAUUGCAUAAGACAUAAAACAUGACAUCCUCAUUCUGAAGUUCCAUAAGAAGACUGAAUCUCUUUUAGGUAUAUUUUUCAUGGUUCAUGGUUGAUUUCCUGAUUUGAUUAUUUACAUAUAAAGGAUGCUGAAUCUAUUUGUUUUCAAUAAUUAGAUGUUUAUUGAUGUGUUAUGAAAAAAAAAAAAGAACAAAAUUAUCCGGUUUAAUGUGUUUCAGUGUUUUAGAGAAGCA